AUGGUGGAUCACUUGCUGCCUACUGAUGAAUCCUUUUCAUCUACAAGAUCUUCUCUUGGAUACUUUGGGGACAUGACAGCAGGGGUGAGGUCCUACCAAAUGCUGCCCUCUCCCCUGUCAGAGGAUGACAGCGACUCGUCCAGCUUUUGUUCUUGUUCCAGCCCUGACUCCCAGGUUCUCAGCUCCAGCUAUGGAAGCACGUCCAGUGCAGAAAGUCAGGACAGUAUCUUAGACUACUUAUUGUCCCAGGCAUCUUUGGGGAACACCGCUGCAUCAUGGUGGGACAAAAGGAGACUUCAGCCAAUGGUGAAAGAGGAGUACUUUAGGUUGCCUGAAUUUGCCGUGGAUAUGGAAGACUCUGGACCAUUUCAGCCCACGCUUGAAGAAAUUGAGGAAUUUCUGGAGGAGAACAUGGAGUUGGAGCUCAAAGAAAGACCUAAAAGUGAGACCAAGGACUUGAGAGCUUGCAGCCAAGUUUCUGUUGCUUCGCUACAGCAAAAAGACCAUAUGUUACCCAGCGCUAGUUUAAAAGAGAGUAAAAACGAACAGUUGAGCAGCUCAGCAGAAGGUGGCCAAGCUUCCAAUGGUGGAAUGUCCCUGGAGAAUGGGAUACCGGUUAUGCUCCAAAUUCAGCCUGUACAGGUCAAACAGGAGUCCAACACGAGCCCAAGCUCCCAAGGACCAGCACAAGAGAACAUUAAAAUUGCACAGCUCCUAGUCAACAUCCAAGGACAGACAUUUGCCCUUGUGCCUCAGAUAGUUCAGUCGUCCAAUUUGAACUUGUCCUCUAAAUUUGUCCGCAUUGCUCCCGUCCCCAUCGCCGCCAAGCCAAUUGGGCCAGGAGGCAUGAUCCAGGGUCAGACAGGAAUCAUCAUGGGUCAGAAAUUUCAAAAGAACCCUGCAGCAGAACUCAUUAAAAUGCACAAAUGUUCUUUUCCUGGUUGUACCAAGAUGUACACGAAAAGCAGCCAUUUGAAAGCCCACCUGAGGAGGCAUACGGGAGAAAAGCCUUUUGCUUGCACGUGGCCGGGUUGUGGAUGGAGGUUCUCCAGGUCAGAUGAGCUGUCCCGGCACAGGCGCUCCCACUCGGGGGUGAAACCCUAUCAGUGUCCUGUCUGCGAGAAGAAGUUUGCUCGAAGUGACCACUUGUCCAAACAUGUCAAGGUGCAUCGGUUCCCACGAAGCAACCGCUCCGUCCGCUCCGUGAACUGA